UCUGCCCCGGCCGCGUCUUCGCCCGACUUCGCAGUAAAAACGUUCGAGGAGCUCCUCCAUUGUCUCCCGGCCCUUUUACGAGCUCCGUUUUGUGACGCUGUUAUUGUUUGCGGUCGAUAAACAUCGCGCCACUACGUAGAAUGGAGUUGAUUAACAAAGAGCUUUUGAAGAGGACAGAUUUGCCACUCGAUAUCGGUGCAUUUAAGCAGGAUCCGAAGUUGGUGGCGGCGAUUGAUAAAUUAUUUAUUCAAGGCCCCAAAUCUACAAAAGAAAACACGAUCCUCCCGGGUCGUAAAUUAAACUUUUCCGAAGUUCAACAAUUUUUGAAAAAACCUGGAGAAAAUGCUUCUACCAGUACGAAAGAAGUUAAUACCGACAGAAAAACAAUAAUUAAGAAAAUUGAGCAGAUACUUGACGACAUCAACAGAUGCGCCGAAACUGGGGAAAAACCCACGUUGAUCAUCAGGAACCAAAAAUUGUGGAGUAACUGCGUUUACGAUAUGGAUAGGGUUGCUCUAAAAAGUCUGGGUGAUGCUAAAACGACGACUCUACAAUACUGUAACGCUAGCGACAAGUCGCGAUUCAACACCAUCAUUUUUGUUCUAACUAAAGUACAUGAGCUCUUGCAGAAGAAUUUGUCUGUAACAAAAAGAGAACUCUUCUAUCAGAAUUUAGCCAGGUUCCGCAACCAGGGAAAUGUAGAUGUUGGAGUGAGGGAUGUUUGUUGUCUGCUCGAGUUGCCGCCGUGGUCUCUGGGAAUCGUGGCCACCGCGAAGGGCCUCAUAGCUGGACCGCUGAAAAUUUACCACCAAAACGGCAGUGUUACAGACUGUAUGACCGCUGGUGGAACCCUCGUUCCUCAAGAUGUGAAUGGAAUAGUCGAGUUCAGGUCGACAGCGAAAUAUAUUUUGGUAGUGGAGAAAGACGCCAUCUUCCAAAAACUUUUGGACGAGGGGGCGCUGGUGAGGUUGGGUCCUGUUAUUAUACUGACGGGUAAGGGCUACCCGGACAUCGUGACGCGGCAGCUGUUGUGCCGGCUGGUGGCGGCGCUGCGGCUGCCGGCGCUGGCGCUGGUGGACGCCGACCCGCACGGCUUCGAGAUAUUCCUCACAUACAAGUAUGGCUCGCUGGCUCAUUCCCACCUAUCGUCCAACUUGUCGUGCACCACACUGCGGCUGCUGGGCGCGCGGCCGCGGGACGUGGCGGCGCUCGCGCCCACCGCCGCGCGGCUGCCGCUCACCGCGCGCGACAAACGCAAGCUCAACGCGCUCAUAAGCAGACCCUACCUCAAUACACCCACUGGUGUUGUGGUGAAGGCGGACCUGCGGGAGAUGCUGAGCAGCGGAUACAAGGCGGAGGUGGAGGCGGUGGCGCCCACCACCGCCGCGCUCUGCGACUUCUACCUCCCCUCCAAACUCAUACACGGGGACUUCGUUGGGUAG